AUGAAUAGCUCAAAGUUGCGGGAAAAAAAUGAUACGAUAGCUCCUAAAGUCUAUCCUAGAGGAUUUUCCCUUGGUUAUGAUCCUCAAUCUUUUUGUACUUAUCACUCUGGAGCUCCUGGACAUUCUGCUGCCAAUUGUUGGGAACUUAAGCAUAAAAUUCAAGACAUGAUUGAGGCCGAAAACAUAGUUUUAAGAAGAAGAGAUGAACAAGGACCGAAUGUUAGCAAGAAUCCUCUUCCUGCGCAUAAGGAUACUGCUACACACAAGGAUACUGUCAGAGUUAUUACCAUUGAAGAGAAGAUCGAGAAACCUACUCAAUACAUUGUAGAUGAAAUUGGGAUAAUAGGGGUCAUUAGAGAACCGUUCAUACUGGAAGAAGAAACCUUCGAGGUCAAGAAAAAUGCUAAUUUUUUUAUUUUAGAUGUGAUAGCUUUUGAAUGUGAGCGUUCAGAACUUGUGGUACUUGAAUUGCCUAAACAAGCGUCUGUUCUUAACCUACAAGAAGUCCCAUGGAAUUAUAGUAAAUCUAUUUUAUUGAUUGGAGGAGAAAUGCCAAAGAAGGAGGUAGCCGCCGUCACUAGAUCUAGAAGAAUCAUAAAUGGAUCUACAAUUAAUGAGCCAUCAAAAGCAAAGGAAAAUUCCGCGCCAACAAGGUUAGUUGUGAUUGAAGAAAAGGCAUUCAAUUUUCUUAAGAUAUUGAAGAAAAGCGAAUAUAAAGUGAUCGAACAAUUGGAUAAAAUGCCUACUCAAAUUUCUAUGUUGAAUCUGGUCUUAACUUCGAAACUUCAUAGAGAAACUCUACUCAAGGUGUUAACUGAGGCUCAAGUGCCUAAAAAUAUUCCGAUUGACAAAUUCACCCAUGUAGUCGAUCAUGUCUUGGCUUCAAAUCAGAUUUCUUUUUCUGACAAGGAUUUAACUUCUAAGGGGAUUGGACAUAACAAAGCAUCGUAUAUCUCAAUCCGUUGUAAUGGAAAGUUAUUGUUCAAAGUUUUGAUAGACAACGGAUCUACUUUGAAUAUCUAUACAUGGAAUAUUUUGAUUAAAUUGGGAUUUCAAGAAGCUAAACUUCGGCCGUCUACAACUGUGGUGAGAGAAUUUGAUGGCGCAAAAAGAGAAUCAAUGGGAGAAGUGGACUUAGUACAGGAAAUAGGACCUGCCCAAUUCCAAGUCAUGUGCCAAGUCAUGAAUUUCUCAAGUGUUUAUAAUAUUCUGUUUGGACGACCUUGA